AUGUUUCCUCGCCAAACCUCCAAACGCGGACCAUCCGUCCUAACCCUGUCCCUUCUCACUAUAUAUUUCGUCUUCGUCCUUACCCUCACCCUCUCCACAGCGCUACCAAUCGAAAGCCAUAUGAAGUCUGUCGAUGCACUUCAACGUCCAAAUGCCUACAAACCACGAAGUUUACCCGGUUCACUCCUGACAGCUCCUAAUGGCGCUGUUGGGGAUCCUCCUCAACCAGCAUCAGGGCCAUUGAGGCAUGUACAGGUCAUGGAGCCAAAGAAACAGCCUAUAUAUGUUACUCUACUGGUAGUUGCUGUAUUUUUAGGUGUCAUAGUUGCAUUGUAUGAGAGCUUGUGA